AUGGACGACGACCCGCUCGUCCAGGCCUUGCCUCCGGCCACCGACUACCUCACCUACCUCACCCUUCUGGAAUACCAGUUGACCCCCGCACGCCUUCCGCUGCUGCACCGCCUCCUGCAAGAUGAGAAGCUCACCACUAAUAUCGGCUGGGACCUGGUGAAGUUGCUCCUGCCCAUGGUUCCUGCAUCCACCGAGUGUCUGCAAGAUGUGGCCCGCCUAGGAAAUCCUCGCGAAGUCAUUCUCCGUGUCUCUGAGGCCCUCGAACAUUUGCAGCCGGAGAAUGAGGAUGACGACGAGGGAGAGGCGGAGGAGGAGGAGGAGGAGGAGGAGGAGGAGGAGGAGGAGGAGGAGGAUGCCAAUGCUGCGGGCAAGCCUCUGCCCCCACACAUCCUGCAGUUUAACUGCCUCUUGGCAAUGCUCUCCAUUCUUCAUCAGCGGCUCCAGGCGAAGCUGCCCAGUCGCUUCAUCGCAACCUCGCUCAAGGCAGCCCUCGAAGCGUACGAGACGAUGAUUUGCGAUGAAACCACUCUGGCCCUCCUUGAAUUCCUCCGUGACCUAUCUCCCAACAAGCGACCAGCUCCAGCACCACGUGCACCCAGCGAGUCGAGCGUCCUACGGGUCUCACAGGCAUCGGCGCCUGAUCCAGAGGCCGAGGUGCAGUCGCCGUCGCUAGCCAAGGACAACGAGACGCAACUGGUCCGCAAAUUCAUCCAAUUCGGUCUGCUCGAGCUGCUCAAGCUAUAUCUUCUGGACUUCUCUAGUCCAAUGGAUCCGGGAAUGUCGUGGACGGUUCGUAUGCAGGAGAAGCUGCAUCCCAAUCUACGGCUGCCAGAGCAAUCGCAGACGGAUGCAUAUGCGAGCAUGAAAGAGCUGAAAGAGCGGGAUAUGAUCAUGGGAAAGAUUGUGGCUCUUUCACGAGAUGUUGGUAUUGACAGCAACGACCUCUUGUCCAUCAUCUCCCGAUCGCCUGGAAGCCAGCCACCUCCACUAGACUUCGACGACCCUCCCAAGACAGUUGACGAAAUCCCGCUCGAGCGACAUGGCUCUCUCUUGCUUCUCGCCGCCCGAGCUGCCGGGCCCACACUCUUCGCAUCAUCCACGCACCCAGCGCCAUCCUUGCCGGUCUUCCCAGACCUGGCCCGAAUUUUUUCACACUUCCUUGGGGAUAGCAGCAAUCUGGACGAGGUUGCUUUUGGACAGCCUCACGCCCUUCUAGAUUCGCUGCUGGCCUUGACCGUCCAUGCUCUGCAGCAGCCCAUUCCUGCACCCUCAAGUGAAACCGAGUUCAAGGACUUCGUACUCAUCUUGGCUGCAUGCACAGCGCACCAGAGCCACGGCAUCGUCCGGCAGAUCCCCGCUACCAUUGUGCACAGUCAUCCCUCGCCCACCACGCGAUUCAAGGUUAUCUACGCCAUCUUGGAGAGCGACCGUCUACUAUCUACCCGGGAUAGUGCCAUCUCCUGGCUGAAAGACGAGAUUGUCAAUACCAAGCCAUCUGAGCCAUCUGAGCCAUCUGAGGACGUCUUUCACGAUCCUCUCUGGUUUUGGUCUAUCUUCCCGCUCCUUCUGCGCCCGAUAGACGUCGAUAGCUCGACCAAAAGGCUUGUUGAGAGCUGGACUCGACUUGCGCAAACCGAGGGCGCAUCUCUACACUCCGCGCUCAACCUCUACUACCUCCUCCUCUCAUCCAGCGGUCUCCGCGACCGUCUGUGCCUUGAGAAGACGGUCAAGUACUUCCGCAGCAAAGUUCUCACACCGCUCCGACAACUCUUCCGUGCUUUCGAGGGUGAUCUCACGGCAAAGGGUGGCGAUGGUCUGAUCGAAACUGCCGUCGGUGAGGAGAUGUGCCAGGUUGGGCUUGCCAGGUCUGUGGGACUGAUCGGGCUCACACUGGAUCAGAUCGAGGAUGUUAUGAGUGAACACUUUGGAACCGACGACGCUGAUUUGAAGGAGUACUCGGAUGAAGACGAGGCUCUGGUUUCGGCGAUUCGAAAGAAGACGGAGGCCUUGGGGUUGAACUAA